CCUGAGCACAGCUCUUCCCCGGAGCUCUGUGCACAGGCAUCUCUUUCCCGGGACUAUACAAGGACUGAGCCAGAAGGAACUGGACAGAGCAGAGCCAUGAACAUUGUCUUGGAUAUCCUCCUGCUUCUGAUCACCAUCCUCUACUCCUACGUGGAGUCACUGGUGAAGUUUUUCAUUCCCCGGAGGAGGAAAUCUGUGGCCGGAGAGAUCGUUCUCAUUACCGGAGCCGGGCACGGGAUAGGCAGGCUGACUGCCUAUGAAUUUGCAAAACGGCAGAGCCGACUGGUUCUGUGGGAUAUUAACAAGCGUGGCGUUGAGGAAACUGCAGGUCAGUGCCGAAAACUGGGAGCCACUGUGCACGUGUUUGUUGUAGACUGCAGUAACAGAGAGGAGAUCUACAGCUCCGUGAAUCAGGUGAAGAAAGAAGUGGGUGAUGUGACCAUCGUGGUGAACAAUGCCGGGGCAGUAUAUCCAGCUGACCUUCUUAGUACCAAGGACGAAGAGAUUGCCAAAACAUUUGAGGUCAACAUCCUAGGACAUUUUUGGAUCACAAAAGCACUUCUUCCAUCGAUGAUGAAGAGAAAUCAUGGCCACAUUGUCACAGUGGCUUCCGUGUGCGGCCACGGUGUAAUCCCUUAUCUCAUCCCGUAUUGCUCCAGCAAAUUUGCUGCCGUUGGCUUUCACAGAGCUUUGACAUUGGAACUUCAAGCCUUGGGAAAAACUGGUAUCAAAACCUCAUGUCUCUGCCCGGUUUUUGUGAAUACUGGGUUCACCAAAAACCCAAGCACAAGAUUAUGGCCUGUAUUGGAGACCGAGGAAGUUGCAAGAAGCCUGAUAGAUGGAAUACUUACCAAUAAGAAAAUGAUUUUUGUUCCAUCAUAUGUCAGUAUCUCUGUAAUGCUAGAGAAGUUUCUUCCCGAACGUGCUUUGGCAGCUAUACAUCGUGUACAGGAUAUUCAAUUUGAAGCAGUUGUUGGCCACAAAAUCAAAAUGAAAUGAAUAAAUGAGCCACAGCCAGAGAUAUCUGCAGGUUAAUGAUAUGAAUCUAAGUUUAGAGUCAAUGCUUCAAAGCUCUAUUUCACAUUUUGCAGUCAUGUUGAUACUAAAAACGUUGGUUUGGCACUAGCAGCAGUAGAAUGAAUAAGACUAAUUACUUGUCUGUCUGUUUUGCAAGAAUAUUAAUGUAGUUUUUAAUAGUUGGAUCUGUUUUGCAUCCCACGUCUCUUAAAAAUUUCUGUGCUGACAUAAACAUACUUAAAAGGUCGUUUUUCUUUAAGAUAUAUUAUUUUUGUUUCUUUCCAUUUAAAGGUGGACAAAAACUACCUUCUUGAGAGUAAAUACAAAGAGAACUGAUUCACACAGGGAAGGUUUAAAACUGUUCUCAAGGCUGGGCACGGUGGCUCACGCCUGUAAUCCUAGCACUCUGGGAGGCCGAGGCGGG